GCCGUUUCCGAGCCCUCACCGAGCCGCUCGCCCGGCCGCUCUAUAUCAUCACCCCCGACCUCACAGCUCAGCUCACACUUGUCACUCGCAUCGAGCCGCUCCAGCUCGCGUCAGCAGCUAGCUAGCCAUGGCGUCCUCCGAGGCCGCUGCGCCGUCCGCCGGCGAGCCCGCGCCGCGCGUGGUGGACGAGUGCCGGGGCGUGCUGUUCGUGUACAGCGACGGCACCGUGGCGCGGCGCGCGGCGCCGGGGUUCGCGACGCCCGUCCGCGACGACGGGUCCGUGGAGUGGAAGGACGCGACGUUCGACGAGGCGCGCGGGCUGGGGCUCCGGCUCUACCGGCCCCGGGACUGGGAGCGGCGCGCCGGGCGGAGGCUGCCGGUGUUCUUCUACUACCACGGCGGCGGGUUCUGCAUCGGGUCCCGCGCCUGGCCCAACUGCCAGAACUACUGCCUCCGCCUCGCCGCGGACCUCGGCGCGCUCGUCGUGGCCCCGGACUACCGCCUCGCGCCCGAGCACCGCCUCCCCGCGGCCGUCGACGACGGCGCGGCCGCGGUCCUGUGGCUCGCGGCGCAGGCGCGGGGCGGCGGCGGCGACCCGUGGGUCGCCGAAUCCGCGGACCUCGCCCGCGUGUUCGUCUCGGGCGACUCCGCGGGCGGCAACAUCGCGCACCACCUCGCCGUGCGGUUCGGCUCCCCGGCCGGGCGCGCGGAGCUCGCGCCCGCCGCCGUCCGCGGCUACGUCCAGCUCAUGCCCUUCUUCGGCGGCGCCGAGCGCACGCGGUCGGAGGCGGAGUGCCCCGACGACGCGUUCCUCAACCGGCCCCUCAACGACCGGUACUGGCGCCUGUCGCUGCCGGAGGGCGCCACGGCGGACCACCCCGUCGCGAACCCGUUCGGGCCCGGCGCGCCGGCGCUGGAGGGCGUGGAGAUCGCGCCGACGGUGGUCGUGGUCGGGGGCCGCGACAUCCUCCACGACCGCGCCGUGGACUACGCGGCGAGGCUCAAGGCCAUGGGGAAGCCCGUGGAGGUGCGGGACUUCGAGGGGCAGCAGCACGGCUUCUUCACCAUCGACCCCUGGUCCGACGCCUCCGCCGAGCUCAUGCGCGUCAUCAAGCGGUUCGUCGACUCGGACGGCCGGUUCGACUGAACCGGCGCGAACAUACCUAGCCGCGUGCUAGUACCGGUCCAGGACUCGCCGGACCAGCAUUAUUGUGUCAUCUAUGGGUGGUAAAGAGCUGGAUAAUCUAAGAAUCGGACUGGGCUAAUCCUACAUAAUUUUAAGCUAAAAAUAUAUAACGAUUAAGUUGGACUGUGAAGAUACUAUUAGGGCUAUGAUUCGUUAUCACCGUCUAUUUCCCUGAUUUAAUUUAAUAAGUUAAUUUGUACUCCAUAUUUCCGUGAAGGGCGAGCUGAAAUCCACGAGAAUCAUGGUGGAAAAUCCACGCAAAAAGACAUCAUCUUGAUUGGAGUCUAGCUCUACCGUCAAUCUAGAGAGACCAAAAAUGGAUGUCUAGCUAGCUUGCAUUGUGGCAUGCAUCUGGUGAAUGUUAGUGGUGGUUCGUGAGUCGAAAUCAAUGUAGUUUGGGCAUAAUUGCCAUUGCUUUGUGUUAAUGUUCUUUUUAUAUU